GUGUGUUCAGAGUUCCUCCUCCUACCCUGGAUUAAAUACCGCCGCUCCUCUAGUGCUCUUCACAGGCUGGAGAAUGAGGAACAUGGCGAGAGAGAUCCUGGCCUUCAUCCUCUGCACGUCGGGCUGGGUGCUGAUCUCCUCCACUUUACCCACAGACUACUGGAAGGUGUCUUCGAUCGACGGCACGGUCAUCACCACAGCCACCUUCUGGUCCAACCUGUGGAAAACCUGCGUGACCGACUCCACCGGCGUCUCCAACUGCAAAGACUUCCCUUCAAUGCUGGCGCUGGACGGUUAUAUCCAGGUGUGCCGUGGCCUGAUGAUCACUGCUGUCUGUCUGGGUUUCUUUGGCUCCAUCUUUGCUCUGAUCGGGAUGAAGUGCACAAAGAUCGGCGGCCCGGACAAGUUCAAAGCCAGAGUCGUCUGCUUUGCUGGAUUCAACUUCGCUUGUACUGGUCUGUGCUCUCUGACCGCGUACUCGCUCUACGCUCACAGGAUCACCUCGGAGUUUUUCGACCCCAUGUUUGUAGCGCAGAAGUAUGAGCUGGGCGCCGCUCUGUUCAUCGGCUGGGCUGGAUCCACUCUGUGUCUGCUCGGAGGAGCGCUCUUCACCCUGUCCAUGGCUGACGGCAGCAGCAAGAAGAGUUCUCCGAACAGAAGAGUCGCGUCUCUAAUGUCGGGAGCGAUGCCUCAGAGUCAGACGUCCCACACCAGGAGGACUCUUCCAGAAUACAGCAGCACUCCACAGCACUUCGACAAAAACGCCUACGUAUAACACACAGCGGACGUCAUCUCAAGAGCUUCUGUAGCUUUUAUGAAGAGUUCGCUGAGCAGAAGUGAAGAGUAACUCACUCCUGAGCUCCUCACAAGACUUCUGUUCGUCUACUCAAAGGAAGAAAUUUGUACAUUUAAUUUGCUUUUUUAUUGUAGAUGACAAACAGUUUUAUAACUUGAGGAAAUUUGCAUUUUUUACUUCUGAUCGUAGUAUAGAGCGGGAUUUGGCUGUGAAUACAUCUGGGCAUCGAGUCAUGUUCAGUCUCUUAUUGGCGCAGGAGUGCAGUUCACUGAAUGGCCAGCGGUGUCGCUAAAAUCAAGAGUUUCACAGUUGUGCACACAGCCUACAUUUCUUACGGCUCAUUCACACGGGCCGUCAGCGUCAACGCUUCCCAUUCACUUUGAAUGGUUGACGUCAAGCGUUGCCCAACUGCAUUGUGGAUCUGUCGGCGCCGCUUCAGAGGCGUUGCUCGCUGCAGACGGACUUUCUAAACUUUUCAAGCGCAGAAGCGUCAGCCAAUCAGAUCGCUGUAUGCAAAUACACCAGCUAGACAGUGGCCUAUUGCUGACUGAAUUUCAUUGGCUGACGCUGCUAUGACGAUCGCUUCAGCCCCAAUUUCAGGCACGCCCUCAGUCAAGCGUUGACGCUGAAGCCCCGUGUGAAUGGAGAGAUAAUCGACAAAAUAUUCAAUGUAAAAUAAAGUUUUUCAAGAACUGAAAUUACACCAAAUGCAAAAUGACGUGUUCAUGUGAGUAAAUGAACAAACAUGGCGAUAGUGGUGAAACUGCUGCAAGUGGCACGAAUACCACAAACUGAUUCAUUUCUGGAACAGAGCAUUCAGAUUGCUACACAAAUCUGGCAAAUUUUGCAUGAAGUAUAUCUUUUUCUGAAGGUUUUAGCUCUGAACAUUUGGCUGAACAGUUCAUUAAACAUCUUUGUGUUUCAAA